GGUUCCCCCUCCAGCAAGCGGAGAAGCCCUUUGCUGCAGCCAAUUAUCGAGGGCGAAACAGCUUCCUUCUUCAAGGAGAUAAAGGAGGAAGAAGAGGGCUCAGAGGAGGACAGCAACGUGAAGCCAGAUUUCACAAUUACCAUGAAAACAGAUUUCAACGUGCGUAGCUUCUUGGAUCAACUAGAAGAUGAUGCUGACGGCUUUGUUUCCCCGGUGGAUGAUAAGAUGCCACCUAGGAGCAAUCAGGAUAUGGGGCUUUCCAAUCUCCAUGAAGCAUCCAUCCCUGAACUGUUAGAGCAGCUCCAAGAAGUCAGGGAAGAGAAAAAGCGGAUCAGAAAAAAAUUGAGAGACUUUGAAGAUAAUUUUUUCCGACAAAAUGGAAGGAAUGUGCAGAAAGAAGACCGCACUCCUAUGGCAGAAGAAUACAAUGAAUACAAGCAGAUUAAGGCCAAGCUGAGGCUGCUGGAGGUCCUGAUCAGUAAAAGAGAUGUUAGCUCCAAGAUCAUGUAA